GUGGAUUGGCGGUAAAAGUAUGAAUUAGUACACAUUUAUGGCAACGUUAUCUCCUCGUAUUAAUGGGCUGUCUUUUGAAGCAAAGAGACGAAAGGCUGCAGCAGUUGCUUCUAAAAAAAGGUCAAGUAAAUCAGAAAACAAAAUGAGGGAUUAUGACAGCCCGAGUGCUUACUUCCAAACAAGUUUACGAAUUACAGAUAGACCUCCAUCAGAUUCUAUAUGUUCUUCUGAAACAUCUUUGAGUGCGGAUAAUGAAGAAGAGAAUGUUGCGACAGCUGUAACUGCCUCGCCAUGCAGUAGAAGCAAAGGGAAAUUAUAUUCCUCAAGGAAUAGUACAUUUGGGUCAAGGUCUGGAAUGCAGGAACCAGCACUCGAAAGAUCUCUUCAGUCUCCAUAUGAAAAAGGAAUGGGAUCUGGUGUACAAUUACCAGAUAUAGAUGUGUCCAAAGAUAGCAGAAAAAGAUUAUCUUUCACGCCAGCACUUGAUGACUCUCCGAAAAGGUCUCGACUUGAUGUCUCAGUUGAAAGUUUAGGCAAGUCUAAGAGAAACAAUUCCACUUUUACUGUAUCUCCACAUAUGAAACAGGAGGAAAAUGAACUUAACAAAAACGAAGUUCUAGUGAAUGAAAAGAAUGAAAACAUUAAUGAAACUAUAGAAAAAGGACUUACACCUGGAAAAGUUUUAAAAAAACAUAGUCCCUCAAAAAGCAGCCUUAGUGCUGAAAAGACUAGGAGCUCUAAUAAACUUGAAAACAAAAGUACUCAGAAAACUAACAAAUUUAUCAUCAACAAUGAUCAUGACGAAGAAAAUAAUGUGACAGUGGUUCAUUAUACCACCAGAGCCAGUACACAAAAUAAAAGCAGUCAAAAACGAGAUCUGAAAAAUGCGCCAAAACAGAAACAAUAUGCUAGUAUGGAAACACAAGCUGGUGAAUCAAAACUUCACAGAAGAAAAACAAGACAGGGUAAUGGAAGUAGGAGCAAAAAAAAAGAAUCAGAUGUUGACUUUAGAAAGGUUGUUGGGAAUAUUGGUGAUAAUACAGCUAAGGAAGAUUCUAUAAAAAAGCCUCAAGGUAAUAAAGGCAACAAAAGAAAUACUUCCAAAAUUCAUUCUCCGUUGGAAUCAAAACUUGACUCCAAAACAAAUACUUCUUCAAAUAUUAAAGAACAAUCGGCACUACGAAUAAAUGACUCACGUUUAACAACAAAGACAGAUUUGAACUGCAGUACUAGGAUAACAAGAUCCAUGAGAGGCACUGAUAAAAGCCAGAGCUUGAGUGUAUUUGUGCACAACGUUGAACAGACAUUACUGAAAGGAAACAAGAAAAAUAAUUGUACAUUUAUUGAGCUAUUUCCUGAAAAAAAGAAUGCUCCUAAAAGAGCUGAAAAAGUGUUAUCAAAAACAAUGCCAACAGUAGGAAAUGCAUCAGUGGAGAAUACAACAAAGCUGUCGACAUCUCAGCACAACAAAACCACCGGUUUCAAGAAAAAAAAGCCCCGAAAAAGAAUCUGCAUGCCAAAGCCACAAAAAUCGAAGACACGUACCGAAACCAACAGUCAAGGAAAGUCUAUAUUAAAGGAUACCAGUUCUGUCUCUCGGAGAGGAAAUUUGCAUGUUACCAUCAUGGAACCUGGUGACACUCCACAAAUACACAAGCCACAACUAAAGCAAUCUCCCAAGGACUUAAAAAAAUCUUUGAAAUCACCCACUAAGGAGAGUCAGCAACAGAUAAACGGAUCUUCCAGUAAUCAAAACUUGCCGCAAAGUUCAAGGAGGAAAUCUUUAAAUCGAAGCAGACGUGAAAGUGAUUAUGCUUGUGACGAAGCUGAAAUCGUUCAAGAAGACGUCAACGGUUAUGUCCCUUACCUACAUUCUUGGCCGGGUUAUAGUGAUAAUAAUACUUCAUCUUCUAGUAAACGCGGCCAGCAUAACAAAGGGAACAGACAAAGUCCUGGAAAGAAAGCUAAAAAAGGAAACAGCAGUUUUGAGCGUAUAUUCGAAGACAGUCGUUCCUUUCUUUCCAACGAGACCCUAAAAGGACCAAAAGAAAUAAUAUGUCCUGUAAAGAACGUUGCGACAAACACGAUCGAAGAUCUUCCUCUCAUCCGAACUGCAGCAUCUGUAGAGUGGCGACCUCCAGUACGAAAUACAGGAGAAGAAGUUUUCUUGCAUAAGUUCUUCUCACUACCUUCACUUUCUUUUGGUCAGAUAAAACUUAAUGCAUUUGGAAGGAAAGGUUUACAAAAAACAAAACAUGACAACGUGUUUUUUUAUGUGUUAACUGGUUCAAUCAAACUGACGCUCAAUCAAAGGCAAUAUCAUUGUGUGUCCGGAACGACUUUUAUUGUGCCUGAAGGAAAUUUGUAUGAUAUCGAAAACUUAGAAAACUACGAAGCCAGGCUGCUGUUUUUUCAACAGAAACACGUGUAACAGACGGCAUGAUAGUGAAAAGAGUAUUUCUUUAUAAGAAUUAUGGGAAAGAUAAAAAAGCCUCCCCAUCCCCUUUCUCUCUUAAGGGAGAAGAUUAGUCAAACUAAAAAAAAGGCAGAGAUGACCUUUAUGCAUAAAAAAAAAUAAAUGAAUAAACACGAUUUUCUUUUAUGGUUCUUCUUAAUCAAAACUUAUUUUAAGAUGUGAAUAUGUAUCUCAUUCAGGUGGUGAUACAAAGGGAACACCUUGUUGUUUUUUUAUUUAAAAACCUACGAUGCUGAUAUAUAAUUUGCAGUAUAUUUAUAUACGGUUAUCAUUGCCUUGUAUUCAGUGUGUUACUUUUUAAUUUUUUUUUUGCUGAAUUCUGACGAAUAUUUGUUUUCUAACAUAACUAUCUUUAAAAAAAAGCUCACUGCCGAAUUGUUGUGCGUAUAGUAAUAUAGGUUUUUAAUGUAUAAAGUUUUACUUAUAAUUUCUCUUAACUUUUAUGAGCUCGCAUCUUCAUGGUGUAUUUUAUGUCACCAGGGGAGAGCGAGUUGUGUACAUAACAAAAUGAAUGAGAAAUAAUAAAACAUUUUAAA